AUACUCGUCAUCGGUUUACUACAGAGGAAUCAGACUGGGGUUUCGAAUCAUUUUAUGAACAAAGUAAAUUGUUUCUUCCAUCAGAUGGUCGAACUCGUCCUAUAAUUGAAAAUAAUUCUUGUAAUAUAACGGCUCUCGUUCGAGUUGUGAAGGAUCCAACUGGUGUCUUAUGGCGUGGAUAUAUAGGCCUAAGGAAACCAAAGCUAAAUACUUUCGUAAACUCAUAUAUCCAAUCUCUCUAUUGCAUUAAUUAUUUUCGUAAGGCGGUAUAUCAUAUUUCUGUUGAAAAUGAAAAAAGCAUUUCUUCAGCUUUACAAUGGAUUUUUUAUCAGUUGCAAACUUCAAAUACUCCAAUCGAUACAACCGAGUUUACAAAAUUUUUUGGCUGGGAUUCAUUUUAUUUUCUUGGCUAUCUUGAUAUCCGAGAAUUUAGCAAUAUAUUGCGUGAAAAUCUUGAAAAUAAAAUGAGGGUGGCAGAUGGGGCAAUUUCUAAACUUUUUGCUGGAAAAGUCAAAAGCUAUAUUAAAUGUGUUAAUGUAGAUUAUGAAUCAAUACGUAUUGAAGAUUACUAUGAUAUUCAACUUAGCGUGAAAGGAUGUAAGAAUCUAGAUGACUCUUUUCUUGAUUAUACACAAGAGAAAAUUUUAGAUGGUGAUAAUAAAUAUAAAGCAGAGGAUUAUGGCUUACAAGUUGCAAAAAAAGGUGUAAUGUUUGAAAGUUUUCCUCCAGUAUUAUAUCUGCACUUGGAUCGAUUUGAAUAUGAUGCUCAGAAUAACUGUAUGGUUAAGAUAAAUGAUCGUUAUGAAUUUCCCUUGGAAAUUGAUUUACAAAAAUAUUUAUCACCAGAUGCUGAUAGAUCAAAAUCGUAUAAAUAUUCAUUGCACGGUGUAUUCAUUCACGAAGAUUGUCAUGACGAUUAUUUGGAUAAUAAUCGUUAUUUUGCUUUGUUAAGACCUGAAAAAAAUCGACGAUGGAAAAAAUUUGCUGAUGAUCGAGUUACAUUGGUAACCGAAAAAAAGGUACUUGAUGAUAAUUACUGUGGUAAUGAUUCAAUGAAUGUAUACAUGUUAGUAUAUAUUCGUGAUUAUGAUAUCGAUGAAGUUCUAUCCCCUAUAAUACCAGAUGACAUGCCAAUAUAUUUACAAAGACGUUUACAAGAAGAAAAGGCGAUACGUUUCCGAAAGAAAGAAGAAAGUAAUUUAUAUUUACAAACUUGGGUUAUAACAGAAGAAAAUAUUAAAAAUCAUCAAGGAUUUGAUCUUGUUAAUUUUGAUCAUCAAUAUGCAUGUUCGGAAAUUUCUCAAUUUGAAAUUUUAAAAGAGGAUACUUACGGUGCUUUCAAAAAGAUAGUUGCUGAAAAAUUUAAACUCCAAGUGGAUCAAAUAAGGUUUUGGGUUCUUGUAAGUCGAUUAAAUAAAACUAUUAGGUUAGAUAUUCCAAUUUUAGAUAACUAUAACGAUACGUCGAUGGAUACAAUUAGAAUGGAAUUAGCCUCACGGUGUGAAGGAUUGAAAUUGUAUAUGGAGAUAUUUGAAAAGCAAAUAAAUGGAAAG